CUUACUUUGAUUGUCUACACAAACCACCCGUAAUAAAAAGAGCUGAAAAUAAUAAAAAAAUUGCCUUGUCCUAAGGACCCAGACCGAGCAAAAACAAAAGAUAAAAGCAUCUUCUUUCUAUCACCCACAGCCAACAAACCCAACGCCCCUUCUAUCCCCUCUAAAAUUUCUCAUCCACAGGAAUAAAAAACACCCAAAAAAUAAUCAAACGAAUUGAAAAAUGAUGAGGCAAUCUUUGCUAGCUUGUUGUAAACUCUACAUCUCAGAAAGCCGAAAUGCCUCGGCUCUUGACUCGAUCGAGCGGGCCGCCAAACCCUUCCAUCCCCAAGCUGCCAUCGUUAACAAGUUCCAGGACUUGCCCUACAACCGAGUCGGUUACACCCUUGUUGGUCAAAUCUCAGCCCUUGGUGCCCUUCAUCGUGCGGCUCUUGCAAUGGUAGAAGCCGCUUUCCGAGUCAUCAACUUAGAGUCACACACCGGUUCACACCCUCGGCUAGGCGUGGUGGACCAUAUUUGCUUCCAUCCUUUGGCUGAGGCUUCGCUUGAAGAUGCGACUCGGCUCGCUAGAUCCGCUGCGAACGAGUUAGGCAACAAACUCCAAGUGCCAACCUACCUCUAUGGAGCUGCGCACCAAGGUGCCCGAACUCUCGAUUCCAUCCGCCGAGAGCUUGGCUAUUUCCAUCCAAACUUCCCCCAAGACCCCAACCACUGGACUGGACCCUUGAUUUCCAUGGCCUCCCUUCCUGAACCCGAUGCAGGCCCAAAAUUCGCCUCCCAAGCUAAGGGCGUUGUCAUAGUGGGUGCUUCCCCUUGGGUAGCGAAUUACAACGUACCCAUUUUUACAGAAAACAUCAAAAUUUGUCGUAAAAUAGCAAGAAGAGUGAGUGGACGAGGUGGCGGAUUGGCUGGUGUUCAGGCCAUGGCUUUGGCUCAUGGAGAGGGAAUAAUGGAGAUUGCUUGUAAUUUGUUGGAGACGAGUGUUGGGGCUGAGGAGGUGCAGAGGAGAGUGGAGAGUUUGGGUGGAGAGGAGGGUUUGGUUGUGAAGAAGGGUUAUUUUACUGAUUUUGAUGAAGAAAAGGCGGUUGAGAAGUAUUGGCAACUUCUCCACUAGAAAGAGAUACAUAAUUUGCAACUGAGAAUAGGAAUAACCAUGAAUGUAAUUCGUGAAAAUCUCAGCCUAAGAGUGAUGCUAUUUUUAGGAAAUCUGAGUGUUGAAACUUAUUAGAGAGAGGUGUAAGUUGUAAUUGAUGAAAGAGAGUUCGAAGAGCGAUCACGACUGUUGAUUUGCAGGAAUUUUGGCCAAUGAAAUGUUAUUCUUUCAGGAGAUGAGAGUGAAGAUGAAUAUAUAAGUCGUGGGAAUUUCGACUGAGGAAUUGGAUUGUAAAUUACUCAUUGACAACCACUGUUGCUCGCACACACAGACACGAGUAAGUUGGUUUCUCUCCAUUUCCUAAUCCAAGUUGGUGAGCUGCCGAAAAUUCAACCCAAACAAAAGAAAAGAUCAAGAAGUCCAGAAACAAAAGAAAACUUCUAAAAUGAAAAAAGGAAGAGAAACCAGAAAAGUUUUACAGCCCAAAAAUCCCACACAUUACCAAUCAUGUCAGAUAUGGGUAUGGGAUUACACGUAAUUAAACCAA